GUGAAAGGCAACUCCUCCUCAGAUUUCUAUUCCCAAUGGGAAUAAACUGACCCCAUCUCCAAGUGCAUUCGUGACUGCUGUUGCAAGUCUUGACAAUUAUUUUUCCCUUCUUCCUUUUAAGUUUUGACUGCGUCUUUUAUUCUUUCCGGGGUCUCUUUCCCUUCCAGACGGCCUUCAAAAUUUCUCAGGAUUCUAAUCGGAAUUUCCAGACGCCCAGACGGCACAUUCAAGUCAAAUUGCUAUCGGAAUUCUCAAUUGGUUUGACUGGCCUGAAGGGGACGCAUAUAAUUACUUCAGCAGAAAUAAAAUAAAAAUGGAAGAUGGAGAGCUUGAGUUUUCAAAUAGCCAGGAGAUGCUGUUAUCCGAUUUGAAUAUCAGUGAAUUACCAGACAGCAGUUUUAUGGACAGCUUUUUGAAUGAAAUCCUCAAGGACACUCAUGCAUGCACCCAUGCCCAUACCUGCAACCCGCCCGGACCCGACAACUCACACACCCACACCUGUUACCAUGUCCACACCAAAAUAGUUCCGCCUCCGCCUGUUGCUUCCAGUGAAGACAACACCGCGGAGUCAGUGGAUGAUAAGAAAGAAGGAAAGAAACGACCAUCUGGGAAUCGGGAAGCUGUCCGCAAGUAUAGGGAGAAGAAGAAGGCGAGGGCGGCAUUGUUAGAGGACGAGGUUGUGAGGUUGAGAGCUGUGAACCAGCAAUUGCUGAAGAGGUUGCAGGGGCAGGCGGUGCUCGAAGCUGAGCUGGUAAGGCUCAAGUGUUUGCUUGUCGACAUGAGGGGAAGGAUCGAGGGUGAGAUUGGGUGUUUUCCAUAUGAUUAUACUAAGCAGCAGCAGCAGCAAAUGAAUCCUUGCAAUGUUCAGUGCAAUGUCAAUGACUAUUCCCUUCAUUGCCUCCAACCAGGUGGUUCAGACGGUGGCAUAAGUUCAGAAGUGAACGACCAAGGAUUGAAUAGUAAUUGUGGUUUUGAUAGCCUGCAUUGUUUGGCGGGUGGUAAUCAACAAAUUUCUGGAGUGAAAGAGCCUGCCGGGCUUGGAGUAGGCUACAGCAACAAGCCUGUUAGUGCUUCUGGUGGGAGUAAGAGGAGUAAUAAGAACACUAAUUAGAACUGAGUUCUCAGUUUUUUUUUAUUUUUUAUUCUAUCCGUCCGAAAAAAGAGAGUUAUCUUUUUUUAUUCUCGUGCUGGAUAAGCUGUAUAUGCGUUUAAUAAAUACAGUUUGUUUAUUUAUGAAUAAACUGUGUAUUAGUUCAAACUUUGAUCUCCUUUUGUUAAUUUUUAGGGCUUGUUUGGUCCAGGAAUCCAGGAUCUCAAAAGAGAAUGG